CAUAAUUUACCCAUAGGGCUUUUCGUUUAGACUACCUACUCUUUCGUAUAUUGAUUAGCUAUAAUGUAUCCGAUAUGCAAUACUAUAAAAAAGUAUGACGAAUUAUUGACAAGUGACCGUUAAGGAAACACUAUCUAGACUUAAAUUUUAAUUGUAGAGAAUAUACGGAUUUUAAUUAUUCUGCACGAAAUGGCUGUUGAACCUGGUGAUGCUAAAUUUGUAAGUAAACUAGAUGAAGCCGGGAAGAAGAAUGCAAAAGAUGAAUUACACGAAUUAAAUGACAAAGACAGAGAGAGUGCUGUACAGGCACUGAGGAAAUGGUUACUGGAACAGAAGUGGCUUAAAUCCAUUACAGACUUCGAGUUCCUGUUACGAUUUAUCAGAACAAGGAAGUACAGUCAGUUGGGAGCAAGAGAGACACUCGAAAACUAUUGGACAAACAGAACUAAUGUACCGGAAUGGUUUGAAAACGUGGACCCGGCAGAUGAAAAGAUAUGCAAAAUGAUUAGAACGGGAAUGAUGUAUUGCCCAAAAGGAUACGACAGACAUGGACGUAGGGUUAUCUUUGGAUAUAUGGACAAUUUUGACAUUAGUCUGUUGAAAACAAAGGAAGGACAGGAUUUGAUGUAUAAAACGUGUUGUCUUAUCUGUGACUGGCUGGCAUAUGACGAGAACGCACAGGUCAAUGGUGUGGUGUUCGUUUCUGACUACACUGGAUUAUCGAUGGAAUUUAUGAAAGUCUGGAAUCCAGAGGCAGAAAAAAAGCUGUUAGCAUACUUUCAGAAAUCUUUACCAAUGAGAUUCAAGGCAUUCCACAUGUACAAGAUGCCGGUGUUUGUCGACGCUCUUUUUGCCAUCAUAUCGCCAUUCAUGAGUCAGAAAUUUAAAGACCGGAUGCAUUCGCACGGACAAAGUUUGGUGAAGAUAUAUGAGGACCUUGGUAUGGAGGUGUUUCCAGAUGAGUACCUACCAGACGACUAUAAUGGUCCUUCAGCCGGGAAAAGGGAAGAUAUCAUAGAACAAAAUAUACGGGACAUGAAUCAGCCAGAGUUCAGGAAGUACAUGCUAGAUAUGUCGAGUGGUAAAUACAAAGUAGAUAUAGCGAAGAGGAAAGCAGCAGACAAACCUCCAGAGGCUUCGUUUAGGAAAUUGAAUGUUGACUGAUCGUGACAUAUCUUGUGGAAAUAUCUCUUGUAUAAUAUUGUGUAAACAAUCUGUGGAAAAUGAAAGUUGAGUGCCGGUGCUUGGCGGCGUGAUGGAUGUUACAUAAUCCUUAUAUCUUAGGAAAUUGAAUGUUGACUGACCAUGACAUAUCUCUUAGAAAUACCUCUUGUAUAAUAUCUUGCAAUCGAUCUGUGGAAAAAAAUUGUUGAGUGCCGGUGCUUGGCGGCGUGAUGGGUCACUGGCACCAGAUCAGAAAGAAAAUGCCUCCGUACGUGUUAUACCCUACCACUAGGUAUUCUAUAAGAACCAUGGUCGUGAACGGAAAAAUAUACUAACCCGUUUCAAUCGCGCAUUUCAUACCUUAAACACGCAGUGGGGUAAAUGUGUACUAUGGAUAUCAAACAAGUGGUAAUUUAUCUUCCAUUGUGUACCGGUCACAUUUUUUCAAUACAUUUUAUCUUAGAAAAACAACGCGUUGUUUAUUGUAAUUUCAACAUUACACAAAAAACCUGCUUGAACUUCCCUGUUGAAGUUCCGUUCUAGAUUAUAAAACGAUUCUGAUUGGCUGUUGUAAAAAUGUAUGUCAAUCGUCGUUUUAUUACACGUGUUUCGCUAAAAUGUGAAAAUGCAGCAAAAUGUGCAAAAUGAAUAAAAUAUACAGAACAGAUGCAGACCAAUGUACGAUUUCAAAUUAAAGAUCAUAUACAAGAUGAAUUUCAUUCAUCAUUUCGAGUUUUAGUGUAAAAUUGUGAUUUUUGAAAAAUCUGUUUUUGUUUGUUUACGUUUCGCCAAACAUGUGCGCACUGCCGUGACCUCUAGACCGGAUGUUCAUUAGGGAAGUUCAAGCAAGUUUUUUCUGUAACGUUGACGAAAGCAUAAAAUAUGUUUAUAAUCUCGGCAAUAUGGAAUAUUGAGACAAUGUGACUGGUGCACGAUGGAAGAUAAAUUAUCGCUUGUUUAAUAUACUAGGUACCCAUUCACCGAACUGCGCGUUUAAGUUGAGAAAUGUACGAUUGAAACGGGUUAGUGCACUUUCCCGUUCAUGACCAUGGUUCUUAUAGAAUACCUAGGGGUAGGGUAUAACACGUACGGAGGCAUUUUCUUUCUGAUCUGGUGCCAGUGUGAUGGGUGCUGUAUUUUCCAUUACCUUUCAUGAACAGACCCGAUAAAACUAAGCCAGCUAUUAUUUCGUAUGAUUGCAUUCUAUGCUUAUAAAUGAUCUUCUUAUAAAUUUAGUUAUAAUAUCAUAUCUCUAGGAAACUCAAUGCUGAUUUCAAGAAUAUGUGGAGUGUGCUCAAUAUUCACUGUUGUCAAUAUUUGGUUUAAAUGAACAUUAAAUUAUCUUUGUUAUAGAAUCUGACAUAGUUAUACACAACGCGCAGUGUACAUAUUAUCUUCCAUUCUAAACGAAUGUUUGUUCCUAUUAGCUUUUGUCUGUUAAAGUACAAUAGCACCAAAAAGAAAAUGUUACGAUUACGAAAUACUAGUUUCAUUGGAAUCAAAAUUUCAUGUUCUGAUUGAUUACUGUAUCAGAGUACUUAAUAUUGCUUAUAUCAGCCCGCCGCUUGGCUCAAUAGGGAGAGCGCAGAUAUUCGGAACACGGGGUCGCGAGUUCAAGCCCUGGACGAGGCUAUGUUCUCCGUGACGAUUUGAUAAAAGAAACUAUCAAAUCAUUCGUCCUCCGUCGCUGAAUUCAUGCGGAGGAGUUGGCAGUUACUUACGGAGAACAGGUUUGUACUGGUACAAAAUCCAGGAACACUGGUUAGACCACGAUAAUCCGUAAAUAGCCAAUCGCAAAGCAGUCUUCUGCCCGUGACGUCUAUAUUUGAUAUACAACAGUAGCGUUGGAUAGACAACUAUCCUAUACUUAUGAUAACGGCCCGCCGUUACAUAACUGAAAUACGGUUGAAAACGGCGUUAUAAACCCAAAACAAACAAACAAACAAACAAAAUUGGCUUAUACCAGACAGGUGGUGCCAUUUAGACAUAUAAAAUGCUUUGCUGGUUUGUCAAGACAAUGAAACUGACCUUAGAUAUUAAUUGAACACUAUCCAUCAAAUUGAAAUCCAUGACAUGAAUUUGCGUCAACACAAGUUUUUGAGGCAAAAGACAAAUUGUAACAUUCACGUAACACUAUGGAUUCAAUAAAUAACCGUUUUCCACUCAU